AUGUCUCGUAUUUAUGAGUAUUUAACAUUCUUCUCCUCAAUUUUCAGACUGAUUGAAAGUGCUAGUGGGAGCUGCAGCAUUUCAUGUGAAGAAACUUAUCACCAUGGACUGGUCAAGGAUGAAUCGGAGGUAGGCAGAGAGAAGUCAACACAUGAGUUUGAUACUCAUACAGAAGAAUUAACUGUAAAUGAGGAUAGCUCAUUUGUCACCAGAUAUGAUUGUGGUAUGAGGGUAAAGGAAUUUGGUGUGUAUAGUUGUAAUUACUGCCUACAGAGCUUUACUUCAAAAUACAGGCUGAUAAUGCACGUAUUUAUGCACAUUGAUGGCACACAGCCACCUUUGUAUGUUUGUAAGUGGUGUGGUGAGGUAUUUCACAGCAAUGUCAGCUUGAAAAAACAUUGGAGAAUGAGUGACAAUUAUAUAAUCUUAACUGCCGGCAAUCAUGAGAAAUAUGGCUGUAGUGAUGAGCCCCAAAGCAGUACCUCCUCGGACAGUGAGCCAGAAGUUUCUGUCACAGAACAAAAUGAACAGUCUUCAUAUAAGGAAACUUGGAAAGCUUCAAACAACUCGUCUAAUUACAUAUGUAACACACACAUCACAAACGAUGCAGAGAAAACAAGUGAAUAUGGAACACCAUCUACAGCUAUUGAUGUCAGUGCCCAAGCAGCUGUGCUUAGUACAAACAGAACCCACAAAUGUGAUAUUUGUGGCAAAUCUUUUUCUAGGUCACGUAAUCUGAAGACACACGCAUUACUUCACACUGGAGAGAAACCUCACAAAUGUGGUAUUUGUGGCAAAUCUUUUGUUGUGUUGGAUACUCUCAAGAAACACGCAUUAAUCCACACUGGAAAGAAACCUCACAAAUGUGAUACUUGUGGCAAAUCUUUUGCUAUGUCAGCUGAUCUCAAGAAACAUUUAUUCAUACACAUCGGAAAAAGAUGUCACAAAUGUGAUGUUUGUGGCAAAUCUUUUUUUAUGUCGGGUGAUCUCAAGAAACAUACAUUCAUACACACCGGAGAAAGACCUCACAAAUGUGAUAUUUGUGGCAAGUCUUUUGCUCUGUCCGGUAAUCUCAAGAAGCAUGCAUUCGUACACAAUGGAAAAAGACCUCACAGAUGUGAAACUUGUGGCAAAUCUUUUGCUAUGUCAGGUGACCUCAAGAAACACAUAUUCAUACACACCGGAAAAAGACCUCACAAAUGUGAUGAUUGUGGCAAGUCUUUUGUUAGGUCAGGUGAUCUCCAGAAACAUGCAUCCACACACAAUGGAAAAAGACCUCACAAAUGUGAUAUUUGUGGCAAAUCUUUUGCUAGGUCAGGUAAUCUCAAGCAACACGUAUUCAUACACACCGGAAAGACACCCCACAAGUGUGAUAUUUGUGGCAAAUCUUUUGCUAGGUCAGGUAAUCUUAAGCAACACGUAUUCACACACAUCGGAAAAACACCUCACAAAUGUGAUAUUUGUGGCAAAUCUUUUGAUGGAUCAGGUGAUCUCAAGUUACAUGCAUUAACACACACUGGAACGUAAACUCACAAGUGUGAAGUCUGUGACAAAACUUAACACCGAGUUGGGUAGUCUCAAGUGUUAUGCAUUGGUACACUCUGGGAAAACUCCACAAAAUUGUAGUAUUUGAGGCAAAUCUCUUACACAGCUGGCUUAUCUCAAGUGAUGUGUUGUUACACUGGAAACUGACCUCACAAAUAUGAUUGCUGUAGCAAAUAUUUUGCUGUGUUGGGUAUUCUCAAGGCACUUGCAUUACUUCAUAUAAGAAAGAGGGCACAAAUAAGUGUUACUUGAAGCAAACAGGUGUCUACCAUAGGUGCCCUCAAUUCCCACAAAAUAUGGACAUUGCAGGGAGACAAUAAAUUUGUGAUACCUUUGAAAUAACAUUAAAAUAUCCAGAAUUGUGAAAAACUGGGUAAUAAUGUGUACCACACAUUGGUCAUAAAUAAUGUUACAAUAUAUAAAUCCUUGUAU